AACCCAGAGGAACUUUUCUACUGAACUAUAUAUCCUCAAUCCUUUUUACUUUUUAGUUUGAGACAGGGUCUUGUUGAGGCUGACCUUGAACUUAUUAUCCUCCUGCCUCAGCCUCUCCAGUCACUGGGAUAAUAGGCAUGCACCAGUAUCCCUGGCUUAGUGCAGACUUUUAAACAUUUUAAAUUGAAAUUCAUAUUAAAAAUGUGGUUCUAGGGCUGGGGUUGUGGCUCAGUGAUAGAAUGCUUGUCUAACAUGUAUGAAGCACUGGAUUUGAUUCUAAGCACCACAUAUAAAAAAAUAAAAUAAAGGUCCAUUGACAAUUAAAAAAUAUUUAAAAAUGUGGUUCUAGCUAUAGUUCUAGCUUCCUGCCUUUUUUCCACACUAAAAGAUUCAGAUUUUCCUUUUUAAAAUUAUUUUGGCUGAGCAUCUUCUAAUUCAAGACUUUUUGGUGUCUCCUUUCUCCUUGAGUCAUUUCCACCUGUUUUAGUCAGCUAUUUCACUGCUAUGACUAAAAGACCUGACCAGCACAAUUAUAGAGGAGGAAGAGUUUAUUUAAGGGCUCACAGUUACAGAGGUCUUAGUCCAUAGAAGGCCAGAUCCCUUUUUCGGAGUUUGAGAUGAGGCAGAACAUUAUGGUGGAGAGCAGCCGGCGCCCAGAGUGUGACUCGCCCGCUUUGCACUGCCUCUUCCACCUCUGUGUCUCGCUGCCGUCGCUGCGCAGCCAUGUCCAAGGAGAAGCUCAAGGAGGGCGUGAAGACGGAGAAUGACCAUAUCAACCUGAAGGUGGUGGGGCAGGAUGGCUCAGUGGUGCAGUUCAAGAUCAAGAGGCAUACCCCAUUGAGCAAGCUGAUGAAGGCCUACUGCGAGAGGCAGGGCUUGUCAAUGAAACAGAUUAGAUUCAGGUUUGAUGGGCAACCAAUUAAUGAAACAGACACUCCAGCCCAGCUGGAGAUGGAGGUUGAGGACACCAUCGACGUGUUCCAGCAGCAGACGGGAGGCAUGGCCUCCAGAGGGACCACCCCACACCCCGCCAUCGACCUUGCAUUUGUAAUUGAAUGGUGAGCGACCAUGCUGAUCACAGAGGAGUCCGAGAAAGACAAGGACAGUCACCAAAACGAUCCUCGAAGCACUUCAAGUGCAGCUCAAAACUCUGCAGGGAUGAGUCUACAGCUUACAUUGGGCCAAUCACAUUGUUCUCUUUGUGAAAUGAGUUUUAAGGUUUGGGGUUUGCUUUUGUUCUUGGUUUUGUUCAUUGCCCUUCUCAAAACAUGUUUUCCUUCAAACUUGUGGCCAAAUGUUGGCUUUCAGUCUGUGGCUAGGCUCUCACCCCUUGAGUAGUGGUUACUGCUGGAGCUACUUGUCCGAAUCACGUGGAGAGCUCAUGUUCACACUGUGCAUCUGUGGAAGAAUGUUGCGGGUAGAAUUCCACCAGGCAUAUUAUUCUAAAAGCUGCAAAUGAUAGACUUUAUCAAACAUAUGGUUUAGUUGAAGGCAAAAUACUGGAAUACUUCUUCAAAAGUAAAAAACAAAAUAAGUCCUUCAGUAAUAAGGCCCAAGUGCUUUCUGCUCCUGAGUGUGUUCCCUCUGGGUCUGAGGCCCAGGAUGACAUGUUUGCAUUCAGUGCCUGGGUGUGGUUAUGUGGGCAAUGAUUGGCACAACCAAAACCAGCUUUUAUCUUUUCAAAACUAGGAAAUAAUUACCAUAUUUCUCAUUUGGUAAUUGUAUCGUGGCCUCAGAUUUACUUCUAACAGAUAAUUAUGGUCUUUAUAUAAAGUAAAAUGAAAUAUCACUGAAUUUACAAUUAUGUUAUAAAGAGCUGCUUCAAAGUGUGGUUGCAAAAGAAACCCACAGAAAGGUGACUUUAGUGUUCUUAUGGAUUUUUACUUUGCCACUGUCCAAAUAAGUAUCGAAAUUAUGCAUUAGAACAGUGACUCCAGUUCUGUGAGAUAUUUGUGAAUCUUUAUCAAUUAAAAUGUUCAUAGUUCUGCCUGUCGUCCUGUAAGGAUCCAUUGCUGCUUGAUGGCCAUUCUCUGCCUUUUAUAGUCCCCUAACAGUAACCCAUCACCUUGCUUGCUUGAGAUCUUGCAGAAAUGUCCUCAUUUUCUGUUUUGCUGUAUGGGCUCUGGUGGGAUGUUGUUGGCUCUGUUGUUUGUUCACCAAUUUGUAUAUUAUGUUACCCUUUACUACUGUAAACAGUAAAGAUAGUUUGGUUAAAAAAAAAAAGAAGAACAUUAUGGUGAAAGAGUGUGGCAGAGGGAAGCAGCUCACAGGUGUGAUCGGGAAGCAGAGAGAGAAGCUCCACUAGCCAGAUACAAAUAUGUACCCCAAAGCCACACCCCAAUUUCCACCUCCUCUAGCCACACCCUACCACUCCAGUACACUCAGUUAAUCUCUAUCAGGAGAUUAAUUCACUGAUUGGAAUAAGACUCUUACAACACAAUAAUUUCUCUGAACCUUCUUGCAUUGUCUCAUAUGCGAGCUUUUGGGGAAAACACUUCACAUCCAAACCAUAACACUACCUUCUUUGAUGACUAGGACAGAUUUACUUCAGGAUGAGAAUGCCAUUCCUGAGGGAUAUAUAUAUUGUAUGUGAUAGGAAGAUGACUUCAUCAUUCCUCUCCUCAUUUAUGCCUCUGGCUUAUUACAACAUAAAGACUGGCCAUAAACCUAAGGGUCCCUGAAAAUAAACAGAAUCCCUUCCUUAGUUUUCCUGCAAAGUCUGGGGAUGAGUCUGGGAGACUUCAGAGAAUGGUAAUAAUAUAUCAUCUACUGAGGACUUGGUCUGAGAGCUUUAUUUUAGCCUGACAAUAUAUGGAGAGUAGGACCUAGUCCUUUUUUGGAGUUUAGUGCUAGUAGAGGUGAUGAUUAAUCAAAUACGUGUGUGUGUGUGUGUGUGUGUGUGUGUUAUACAUAUAUAUAUAUAUACAUACACAUAUAAGUAUUUAAUAAACUGAUGAUUGCUAUAAAUUAAAUGUAUGAUGUACUUUGAAAACAGUAGACACUGUCUUGUUUCUUCCAAACCUCCCUACAAGUUUUUAAGUUCAGUACUGUCAUUAGGUGAGGACCAGAACUCUAAAAGGUUAAGUAACUUGCUUGAAGUUAUACAACUAGAAAUUAGCAAGGCUGGGACUUGAAGCCCAAUAUAUUCUACUCGAAAGGAUGGGUGCUAAUCAUUCCGAGUUUCCAAUGGUCUACUUCAUAGUGGGGAGAUUGAAAUUAGAAUUUUUAAAAGUAAAUCCUAGUUGGGUGGCAUUCCCAAUUUUGUUUCUAGUCUGAUUCCAUGGGAAAAGAAGGCUGCUUUGUGGAUAAUAGAGGGAUACCUUGCUCCAGAAAACAUAUUGGUUUUCCCCUGACUAGGAAUAAAACCAAUUUAGUGUUAGGCUGUGCAUACAGAACUGUUGAGAAAUUUCAGGGGUGAAUGGCUGCAACAUCUCUCUUUUGAAUCUACCAAUUUUUGUUUCAGAGUAAGGCUUACAAAACAGUUGGCUUCACUAUCGACUCUUCUCACAUUUUCACUGAUUUUUACUUGCUUUCCCAAUAAGUUCCUUUUAAAUUUCUUUGUUUUCCUUCUUGAAUUUUCAUUAAAUAAUGAAUAUAUCAAGUUCUAUUGCCAGACUCAUACUAUAAGCACUUGAAAGAGUUAAGAAAAAAAGGAACAGUAUAGAAAAGGCUUCUCCUGUAAAUACCUGUAGUCUCCCACAAAACCAGAACUUAAGCCCUAAGUGUUUUCUAACCAAAACAAAAAAUACUGAUGUGAAGUAUUGUCAUUUUCCCCUUUCCCUGUUUGUUUCUUGACUCAUUCUCCCUUAAGUUAUUAUAUCUGCUGAUGAGUAGAAUCCUACAGCGUAUUCCAUUCUUGUCAGCUUUCCUAUAGGAAAGAAAUGCAGGUUUAAACACCUUCAUUGGAGUGACAGCAUUGUAUUUU